AUGGCGCCCAAAAUGAACCCGAAGGCUGUUGCUGGUCGUGCUCGCAAGGCAGAAGCAGAGGAUCGAAAGGCGGCGGCAGCGUCUGCCAAGGCGGCGGAAGAGGAGGAGGGCAAGUGGCAGCAAGGCGCAAAAACCAAGUCGAAUGCCGAUGCACGCAAGGAGAAAGACGCUGAAAAGGCCCGCAAAAAGGCUGAGCUUGCGCGGCUCACAGAGGAAGACGACAAGGCGACGCCAGGCAAAAAAGUAAAUGCGGGUGGAAAGGGCAGUGCCAAGGGCAGUGCCAAGGGCGGCGCCAAAGGCGGCGACGCAGCUGGCGGCGACAAUCUUGAUGAUUUGGAUUUGCAGAUUGCAUCGUUCAGCGCUACGAACCUCGAUGAUGCGUUGGAGGCCAUGAAUCUCGUCUCUGAAAAGGACAAUAAGGCGAGCCGUGGCGCUGCGGCUGGUGCAAUGGAGAAACAUCCAGAGCGUCGAUUCAAGGCCGCAUUUGAGGCAUACAAGGAGCAAGAGCUCCCAAAACUGCGCGAGGACCGCCCUGGACUGCGUCUGCAGCAAUACAACGACUUGCUGUACAAGCACUUCCAGAAAUCGCCGCAAAACCCCUUCAACCAGCUCCAUGUAUCCUACGAUGCAUCCAAGGAAGAUAAAUUGGCUGUGCUCAAGGCCAAGCGCGACGCCACCGCCACCCGCUUGGCCGGCUAG